GAGAAAAUGUGUACGCUAGAGAAGCGAGGAAGUGUCUACAUUCUAACUCUAGCCGGCCCAGGCGAGCACCGGCUCAGCCCCGCAAUGAUCGAUUCGAUUCAAUCCACUGUGCGUCGAAUCAAACUGGACCCCACCACCUCGUCAUCGGCUCUCAUCACUACCGCCCAAGGCAAGUUCUUCUCCAACGGUUACGAUCUCGCGUGGGCCCAAUCAAUCCAAUCGAAUUUCCAGCUCAUGUCGUUGAAGCUCCGUUCUCUCAUCUCCGAUUUGAUUUCGCUUCCAAUGCCGACGAUAGCCGCCAUCUCGGGACACGCGUCAGCCGCCGGCUUGAUUUUGGCUUUGAGUCACGACUACGUUUUGAUGAGAAAAGAUCGAGGAUUUUUGUACAUGAGUGAGCUCGAUAUUGGGCUAAAGAUUCCAGCUUGGUUUAUGGCAAUUAUUAAGAGUAAGGUCGGUAAGCCGAUGGCUCGACCCGAAAUGGUGUUGAGAACGGCUAAGUUGACGGCUACGGAGGCGGUGGAGAAAGGAAUUAUCGACGCGGCAUAUGACAGCGCAGAGGAGACGGUCAGGGCUGCGGUUGACUUGGGGGAGGAGUUAGUUAAUAAGAAGUGGAAUGGACACGUGUACGCCCAGAAUCGGGUGGUGAUGUUAAGAGAGGUUUUGGAUGAAAUGGCGACGGAUGAGACAGUGGAUGGGUUCACAAGCACCGGAUCCAAACUCUAG